UAACUUAGAACUCAUCGCGUUCUCUCUCUCUCUCUCUCUACGUUCUUAGCAACCAGUCAACAAAUCAAACCAUGCCUCCACGUUCAAAGAAAAUCACAUCAAAACUACUUGCCAAGAAAAAAACCAUCCGCCAAUCUCCCCCUACCCUUCAACCCCAACAAGUCCCAAAGGAGGAGGAGCAGAAAGUUUCUGCAGAUCUUAACGAAAUGGCGGAUUCUUCGAAUGGGAAGUUGGAGGGCGCAGAAAAUGUUCAACCGGAGGAUGUUGGCGACUCAAAACCUGUGGUUGAAUCUGUGAGGGACAUAGCCAUCGAUGACUGUUCCGAGCCGGUAAAGGAAACCCGCGAUGUUGCUGAUGAUUCGAGUUCGAGUUCAAGUAGUAGUUCGGAUGAAGAGGCGGAAGGUGCUCGAGUGGCGAAUGAUUCAGGGGAAGUGGAGGGGACCGAAGAAGUUGUUGUCUCGGUUGUUGAGACGGUUGAAUCUAUGUACAAUCAUUUGGAUCAAGGUUGUGUUGUAGUGGAAACCAAGGUGGAGGAGGAGAAAGUCGCGGCGUCUUUGGAUGAGACUGGUGAAUCUUCGCCGGCCAUCACGGAGGAGGUGUCGAAACAGAUUGAGGAAAAAACAUUGUCAGAUGCGGAAGAGAGUAAUGGGGUUGCUCUAGUCGAAACCGAUCUGGUGUCCAAGGAGGUUGAAGAAUCAUGUGCUCCAGUCAUAACAGACGUGGUGUCGAAAGGAAGUGAAGAAGCAGUAGUGCCUUGUUCCGAUGAGAAGGAAGCGGUUCCUGCUGCUCUUGCAGAUAUUGUGUCAAAGGGGAUCGAGGAAACAAAGUUACCGGUUUCCGAAGAGCAAAUUGGGGAUUCAUCGGGUACUGCUUACAAGGAAGGGGUUCCUGCAGUCGAAUCAGCUGAUGCCGGGCAAGAUCAUGGCAAGGCUGAGAUCCCCGAAAGCACAGGAAAUCCGUCGAUUGUAACUGUCGCCGGACACCCCCUGCAGCCGACCUCAUGGAAGAAUUGCUGUGGACUCUUCGAAAUUCUGCACCGAAGAUCUGAUAGAUAAUUCAAGAAACGAAGCAUUACCGCUGGUGCAACUGAGCCAUGAAGGUUGCACAGCUAACCCUAAAUCUAAUUAGUGUUUGAGAUUUAGAGCUUAAUUUUGUGUUAGCUGCUGAGGAUAUGAGAUUGGUUUUCGUGAUUUCGUGUGGAGUGAAUUCCGUUAUUUCGUGUGGAGUGAAUUCCGUUAUCUGGUAUAUUUUUUGUAUUUACUAAAGACUCGUUCUUUUAUAUUCCUUUCAAUGAUUUGUAUGUACUAAAGAUUUCACUUAUAUUUUUUAUUUUUUAUUUGGUCAAGGAUUUGUUACCAAAUGUACAUCAUGUACACAUUGAUGGUCAAUGCUAAAGACAGGUUCAGGCUUGAGUCUUCAA